AUGUCUGAAAACAGCAACACCGGCGACGCGUCUAUGCUGCGUGGCCAUGCGAACUACGUCGCCGGCGCUGCCAAGGAGGCCAUCGGCUCAUAUACCUCGACUGAUAUGCAGAACGCUGGCGCGUCGGACAAGCAGGCUGCAGUGGAUGAGAUGAGGGCGGCCAAGUCACAGAGUGAUGCUCAAGGAGGCGAACUGAACAAAAAUAGUACAUUGGGCAGCGUGGAGCAGAAGCUUGGAAGUGCAACGGGUUGUGAGGGCAUGGAGGAUGAGGGGGCGAAGAGGCAGACUUAA